AACGCUGGACGAAAAAGAAAGCCGCCGAGGCAGGGUGUUUUUUUUUCCCUUUUCCCCCUUUAGGAUCCGUUUUCGGCCGACUCGCUGCGUCGACGUCAACAAGUGCAUUUUUCUUGGUUUCUUUCGAACGUUGCGGCCGUUCGAAUGGACGACGUGGAGAUUACGGACGUGGACGAAAACGGCGAAGUGCUGGAAGCAGAAGAACCGAAGCAGCUAAAGAACAACGACCCGUCCUCUGUUCUUUUCCUCACGGCCGGCGACGUUUUGUCCGCGUACGGCUGGUACCUGCUGGCGGCGCUCGCGGCGGCCUACGCGCUGGUCCUCUACCUGGGCAAGCGAAGGAGCGGCGAGUCGGACGCCGCGACGCCCUCGCGGCCGCAAGAUGCCGAGGCGGUGGUGAGGCGGCAAGAGGCCGUGGAGGCGUCCCGGCGGAGGAUGCAGCUGGAGCAGGACGCCAAGGCGGCCGUCUUCAGGGAGAAGCAGAAGCUUGCGGAGGAGGAGAAAAGGAGGCAAAAGAUCCAGGAGUGGGAAAGCAUGCAGCUUGGCAAGAGCUUCAAAGGGGCUUCUAGGCGACUGCAGAGCGACGACGCCGACGCCACCGCCGGCACUUCGGUCAAACCCAAGACGGACAAGAAGCCACUACGCAGCUCCGAGUACAACCCCCUGAGCGGCGAGGGUGGCGGCUCGUGUUCCUGGCGACCCGGAAGGCGGGGCCCCGCUUCGGGCGGAUGAGGUUAAAAGGAGGUCCCAAAGGGACCUCCGCCACCCGAACGCCGAUUGACGCGAGCUCGCGGGCGACCGGACGCAAACACAUACUCGACCGAUUUUUUUGUUGUUGCCAUUUUUCAUUUUUUGCCGGUGGUGAUUAUUAUUAUAUACUUUUUCAUUCACUGUACAAAUACAUUAGUUUUUAAUAUGGAGAAAAGACGGCGCGGGUCGGCCGUUUAGCGUCCGGGCGCCCGGCGAGCUCGGUGUGACGUCGCGCUCGGAAACGGUCGGCGACCGGCGAGCGGGACCGAUAAACCUCGGCGAGCGGGAGCCACGCGCGUCGGCUUUUUGUACGCGAAGUCGUCGGCGACGGUGUACGCGUCGGUCCGUCCGGCGAUCCGAACGUCAAGGGACGUCUAUUGUCGUCGACGGCGCGACAACUUUACGAGCAAUAAAUGGACACGUGCCAACCGCC